GACCUAUGAGCGCGGUUCGUCUCGGGCGCCGCCCUUGGAGGCGCGAGCUGCGGCAUAUUUCCCUCCCCCCCCCUUUUUUUCAAAUGUUUGAAAACGGGAACCAGAAAUGCUGAAGGUGGAUUGGAAGCUGGUGGCAGAAUUGGGCGGGGAAAGGCUGUCUAGCCACGCCUCUUCUGAGUCCUAUCGAGUCUGUCUGGCCGGGGCGGGGAGGGAGGAAAUAUCGCGAGAAGAAGGGGGCGAGGUCGUGGGGAGUCGCUAUGGUGACAGGUAGCUCCGCAGCAGUAGCAGGCGAGCAGUCUCGGCCCUGGGCAGCCGCCGCCCCGGGGGCCGCAGACCCUGUGCUAAGGCCUGGGACUCAAGGAAAGGCUGUUACUGCCCUCCAGGGCUUUACAGUCUAAUGAGGGAGACAGCAUGCUAGUGGCUCUGGAGAAACUGGAGAGAAUCCACAGAAAGAAGAUUUUUGAUGCCCUUCGAAUGUAUGUCUCUACAGUGAAUAUAGCCAAGCAACUUUUAUAUUCAUUUGGAAACUGGAAAUUUUGAGAAGAUGAGACUGAAGAUAUCACUUCUAAGAGAACCAAAACAUCAAGAAUUAGUGAGUUGUGUAGGCUGGACCACUGCUGAAGAGCUGUACUCCUGCAGUGACGAUCACCAGAUUGUGAAAUGGAACUUGUUAACGAGUGAAACGAGCCAGAUAGUCAAACUCCCUGAUGACAUGUACCCCAUCGAUCUGCACUGGUUUCCCAAAAGCAUCGGCGUGAAGAAGCAAACCCAGGCUGAGAGCUUUGUACUCACUAGUUCUGAUGGAAAAUUUCACCUGAUCUCGAAGUUAGGAAGAGUGGAAAAAAGUGUAGAAGCUCAUUGUGGAGCUGUACUUGCUGGGAGAUGGAAUUAUGAAGGAACAGCAUUGAUUACGGUUGGAGAAGAUGGACAAGUUAAAAUUUGGUCAAAGACUGGGAUGUUAAGAUCCACUUUAGCUCAACAAGGCACUCCAGUCUACUCCGUGGCAUGGGGCCCUGAUUCAGAAAAGGUCCUUUACACAGCAGGGAAGCAGCUGAUUAUUAAACCUCUUCAGCCAAAUGCUAAAAUUUUACAGUGGAAAGCUCAUGAUGGAAUCAUUUUAAAAGUGGACUGGAACUCAGUCAAUGACCUUAUCCUGUCUGCUGGGGAAGACUGUAAAUAUAAGGUUUGGGAUAGUUAUGGCCGCCUGCUGUACAGCUCACAGCCUCAUGAGCACCCUAUUACCUCGGUGGCCUGGGCUCCGGAUGGAGAGUUAUUUGCUGUGGGAUCAUUUCAUACUUUACGCUUAUGUGAUAAAACAGGGUGGUCCUAUGCUUUAGAGAAGCCGAAUACUGGCAGCAUAUUCAAUAUUGCUUGGUCGAUUGAUGGCACUCAGAUUGCUGGAGCUUGUGGAAAUGGACAGGUGGUUUUUGCCCACGUGGUGGAGCAGCGUUGGGAGUGGAAGAACUUUGAAGUCACUUUGACCAAAAGGAGGACCAUGCAGGUUCGUAAUGUUCUUAAUGAUGCAGUGGACUUACUGGAAUUCCGAGAUCGGGUCAUCAAGGCAUCUUUGAACUAUGGACACUUGGUUGUUUCAACAUCUCUUCAAUGUUAUGUGUUCUCUACAAAGAACUGGAAUACACCACUUAUAUUUGACCUGAAAGAAGGAACUGUUAGCCUAAUUCUGCAGGCUGAAAGGCAUUUUCUUCUUGUGGAUGGAGGAGGUAUCUACUUGUACUCUUAUGAAGGAAGAUUCAUUUCCUCGCCAAAAUUUCCAGGAAUGAGAACAGAUAUUCUGAAUGCCCAGACAGUGUCUUUAAGUAAUGAUACUAUAGCAAUAAAAGACAAAGCUGAUGAGAAAAUCAUCUUCUUAUUCGAGGCAUCAACAGGAAAACCACUAGGUGAUGGAAAAAUUCUUUCACAUAAGAAUGAAAUCUUGGAAAUUGCUUUAGAUCAAAAAGGACUUACCAACGAAAGGAAAAUUGCUUUUAUUGACAAAAAUAGAGAUCUUUAUAUCACUUCAGUCAAACGAUUCGGGAAGGAAGAACAAAUUAUUAAACUUGGCACGAUGGUCCAUACUUUGGCAUGGUGUGAUACAUCCAAUAUUCUUUGCGGACUUCAAGACACUCGCUUUACAGUUUGGUAUUAUCCCAAUACAGUUUAUGUGGAUCGAGACAUUUUGCCCAAAACAUUGUUUGAAAAGGAUGCAAGUGAAUUCAGCAAAAACCCCCACAUUGUGAGCUUUGUUGGGAAUCAGGUGACCAUCAGAAGGGCCGACGGCUCUCUGGUGCACAUCAGCAUAUCGCCGUAUCCUGCCAUUCUCCAUGAGUACGUCAGCAGCUCCAAAUGGGAGGACGCUGUGAGGCUGUGUCGCUUCGUUAAGGAGCAGACGAUGUGGGCUUGCCUGGCUGCCAUGUCAGUGGCUAAUAGAGAUAUGACAACUGCAGAAAUAGCCUAUGCGUCCAUUGGGGAAAUUGACAAGGUCCAGUACAUCAAUUCCAUCAAAGACCUUCCAUCCAAAGAGUCCAAGAUGGCCCACAUGCUGAUGUUCAGUGGCAACAUCCAGGAGGCAGAGAUGGUCCUUCUUCAGGCAGGCCUCAUUUACCAAGCCAUCCAGAUCAACAUCAACCUCUACAACUGGGAAAGGGCCCUCGAAUUAGCCGUAAAGCACAAGACGCACGUCGACACAGUUCUUGCAUACAGGCAAAAGUUUUUGGAGACGUUUGGGAAACAGGAAACUAAUAAACGGUACUUGCAGUAUGCAGAAGGGCUGCAGGUAGACUGGGAAAAAAUCAAAGCCAAGAUCGAGAUGGAGAUCACCAAAGAGCGCGAGAGGUCCUCCUCCAACAUCACCGGCAAAAGCCUGUCUUCCAAGCACUGAGUGCCCGGUCGCUGUCCAUGGUGGGGAGAGCCUGGCGCCAGGCGGCCUGGUUCCUGCCUGCAGAUGGGGUCAGUGUGGGAGCUCUUGGCCAGGUCCGGCAGCCCGUGCCUGGCCAGUCAUGGCCCCUCCGCACCCACCUGUGCUGCCAUUCCUGACCGAGGCUCUGGCGGAGAAGGGAUCUGUGCUCCGGAGAGAUCCCAUCCCAGCUGGUCCCUCGGCUCCCCCACUGUACUGAGCUCCCCCAGGCUGCCAAGUCUAGAAGACGGGGCCUGCGAAUGGCAGGCGGCCCUGACCCCGGGCUCGCAGAUGGCUCCCGGGUCUCAGGACUCCCAGCCCUGGCCUUGGCCAAGGGCUGCACAGUGGUUGCCCACCGUCUGGGAGUCAAGGCUUCCACCGCUGUUUCUAUGCUUUCGACAGGCCAUGCGCGGAAAGGGGCGCCAGCGAACAUGCUCCCAAUUGGUUACCACCUGAAAUCGGCCCUUUCGCCACCCCGCCUGGCCCCAUGGGAUCUUACAGCGAACUCUUUUUUAUUAAUCCAUCACAGUAGCUUUUCUUCAAUUGAAUUAUUAUGGUUUAUCAGUUGUUACAAUUUCUAUAAACUGUUCUUUAUGACUUUUUUCUGCGUUAACACUAGUUUUAUACCUUUUGUGAACUUAAAUGUGAUAAAAUGAUAGCAAAUGCUGUUAAACAAAUAUUUCUUUACCUUUCAUAAAUUUAUUAAAUAAAAAAUUAGUUUAUCCAAUAAAA